CCCGAGGCCACGCCUUCUACACCUGUAGCUUCCGAAACUCCCUGUGAAGGCUAGAAAUUGUGUCAGGUGGACGUCAGUGAGUUAACAGCUGGUCGUAUUUCUGUGUUAUUCUACAAGAGAGGGUGAACAAAGUCAGAGCAACAGGCAGUAUGAGCGUCUCAGAGUACCGGUUUCCCGUGAAGCAGACCACCACAAAUUUUCCUACAGUUAUAACUUUAAAUGUUGGUGGACAGAUAUACACAACAACAAUCGCUACAUUAAAGAAGUGCCCAGAGUCUAAACUGGCCAACAUGUUCAAUGGUUUACCAAAGCUAAGGACAGAUGCAGAUGGAAGAUAUGUGAUUGAUAGAGAUGGGACAUACUUUAAGUAUGUUCUGGAAUAUCUCCGUAGUAAUCAAAUUCCAACUCAGCACAUCCAGGAAAUAUACAAGGAGGCAGUCUACUAUGAGAUAGAAGCUUUGAUAAAACAAUUGGAAGAUACCCCACAAAUAUUUGGAGAGCAGGUUGGGAGAAAACAGUUUUUAUCACGUGUUCCCAACUAUGGUGAAAAUAUUGAAGUCAUGAUUCGCAUAGCCAGGGCAGAAGCAGUUGCAUCGCGUACGUCCAGUGUCGUGGUGUGCAUAGUGAAGACUGAUGAGGAUUAUAUUCGAUGCAGUGAUAUUAUUAAUGGGACUGACAAUGACAAAGUAUCUGUAGUUACAUUUGGCCCUUGGAAAGCAUCCCCUUCUGCUCCAGAUCUUUUGGAUUGCAUCAAAAUGGACAUAGAAGCAAAAGGUUACAAGAUCACUUGCAUACCCUUUUCUACAGAGAAAGGAUUCCGCUUUACUAAGACACAAGACUUCCUUUACAAGUUUGUGUUUACCUGGUGGUGAAAAAUUUCUUAAACCUGAAGGAAUUCUUUUACUUUACGGGUUUUAAUUAAGAAGGGCACCAUUGGUAUCUUUAAAAACUGCCAAGAACAUUAUUGUACAAGGUAUUUUACUAAGGACAUCAAACAGUAUGACUAAGGUUACCAAACUUUGUUUACCUUGUUGCAAGAUUUAGAGCUUUGAGUCUGAAGUAUUUUACUGGUAUGUUAAUAUUUAUUCUGAAUUCCUAAAUGUAAGCAUAGAGUGCAGUGUUCUCUGUUGCCACGGUAUGUUGCAUAUCAUUCGGUAUCCAACAUGUUUAUACUCGCUGAAACUAGUCCAGCUUGAUGGAGAUCAUGUGCAAGAUUGUUGGGCUAAAUUGUAUUCCACAUUUACUGUAUUUAUUUUAGUUAAUGUGCAAAGUAUUUGAACACUGUACAUUUUUAUAAAAGUUCUCAUAAUGGCAUUUUAAAUGGAGUAUCUCCAUUUUUUGAGAAUAUGGACAAUUUUUAAAGUUUUUAGCUGAGGACAUCUGUUCAUGAUAGCCCGGGCCAGUGAUUUUAGAACUCUGGUGUCAAGGACAAGUGGAUCUUAAUUUAUUCUGCCAUCAUUUAAGUAAUUUAACAGAGAUGUAGUUCCAAACCAGACCUUCGAUUGUUCAAAGCUAUCACUGGAGAAGUCAUUUUAUUUUUAUGUAGGACUACAGGACAUUGUAUCUGCUUUUCCAAGGGCAGGGCAACACGUGAUAUGAUAAGAAACGUAGUGAGACUAGCAAAGAGUGGUUCUUGAAGACAUUGAAAAAGUUCCAGUAACCAAUAAAAUAAGUUCCAGUAACUCUCUCCUGUCACUUUGCACCCCACCCCCAUCCCAGCAGUUUGGGUUAUUUUGAGUUUUAGUUUUCGUAUUAAAUCCCAGCUGUUUUUCUCACCCUCCAAGUCCCUGAAGGGUCUUUAUGGCAAUUCUCUCCAUGUAUAUCCACUGCUUUUGGUUUUAGAAUUCUUAACGCACAAAACUUUGGGCUGUCUUACACAAAUAUGAUAAAUUGUACCAGUUCCAAAAGUUAAUUCUUGGGCACCUCCUUUGAUCAUUUUUAUUGAAAGUGGCUAAAUAUGUCUGGUGUGUCUGUACCAUUAGAUGCAACCUUAACCACACAUGCCACAUUCAGUGGUUUCCCUUUGUGCAUCUGUGUGUGGACCAGUCCUAGAACUGGUGAAGCUGAACUAAGGCAUUUGUAGCUCGCCAUAAAAUACCAUUGCCAUUCAGGGACUCUAGCCUGCCCUGUAGCAAUUUUUGUAGGACUCCUUGUAAAAUGAAAAUUGAUGUUAAACAUGGCUGUAGCUUCUUCAUUCUGUUCCAGAGCCAUUUUUUUCCAGGGGUAUCACUGCUGCAAUUAUCCAGUGCUGUAGCACCAUUAGGGCCACCAAGGGGAAGAUUGAUAGUUUCAUCUGUAUUGAUUCCUCCCUCCUUGAUCCACUGCAGUCCCACAGAUCUCCCAUUGUUGCUUCACCCAUCACUAUUACCUUUCACCGUAUUUAGAAUCUGAAUUCUAUUAUCAUGCCAAAAUUGUUUUUGACACUUCUGUUAGGCAACUAGCUUGACUCCACAUUACUUCACAUAACGUGAAAGGAAAUCAGUGGGAUGAUGUGUGGUGGGGGUCUCUGUCUGCGAGGAAAGUCUUAGAAGCUCUCAUGGGUUACCCCAUAUACUGAAGUGAGAGGUUAGCUUGCUACAAAUUGAAAAGUAGCAACUGCCACAUUAGAGGCUUAAUUUCUCCUGAGCUAUGCAUGCCAUGACUGCUGUACAAGGAAGGAGACUCCCAUGACAUUUUGUGAGCUUUGCACUUUUUCCUGCCCCUCUUCUCGGGCAAUACCACAUAGACCAUCCUAACAAUGACCUAUGUCUGCUAAAAUAUCAGUGUAGACAUUUAUGAAGUCCCUGCAUAUUAAUUAAGAAUUUUGAAGUUAAUGUCCCCAAUUUCCUGACUACAUGGCUAUUCAUAAAAAUCCUUUACCCUUGUUUGAGUAGGCAAGCGUGAAUUUUUCUUCCAAUAAUCUGAUUAAGUAUGUCUGAUUCAGAGUUCAAGAACUGAAGCUCUGCGAUUAAAAAAAAGAGAAGCUGUUUUACAAAAACAAGGUUGCGGUUGCAACUUUAAUUGCACAAGUAGCGACACCUAUCCUCUUGAAUUCCUGCAUUAGAGUGAAACAUUUGUCAUCCUAAUUUUAAACUAUAUCGGGGGAGGGGGGACUUUUUGGCAGAUAUGUGAACUUGACAAAUUAUGUAGCGGAGCUGAUUGUGAUUUACUUGUCUUGUGUGCUGUUGCAUGAUGCAAAAACUCCUGAUGCAAGCAAUAUUGUGGAAGGGAAAACUGGAAUAUUGGAGGGAAAUUACCAGAUAUGAAAAGCAAGAGGAGUUCAUGCAUGUGCAAGAUAAAUUAUGUCCAUAAGCCCAAAAGCUGUACAGGAAAUGGACAGAAGGGGUCAAUAUAAUUUUGAGAUGUUACUAUGCUAUUUCCAUCAAAACCAUAUUUUAAUGAAGCCUUAAGUGCACUAGGGAUUUACAUUUCAGCGUGUGAAUUUUUCCUCUAGUUAUCAGCUGGCUCCCGUUUUUAAUGUUUAGUCAUAAUCACGCAAUUUGAAAAAAGCUGUUUUAAGUUUGAAGAGAAAUGUUUUAAGUUUGUGAAGGAAAUUAAAGUGUAUUAAUGGUAAA